AUGAAGAUUCAGUCCCUCGCCCUCGCUGUUACCGCUUGUCUGAGCUCUGCUGCGGCUCAGGGCAUGAGUGGCCUUCCGUCCUGUGCUCAAAGCUGUGCCACUGAUGCUAUUCCCUCGGCAUGCAGCCUGAUCGACGUCAAGUGCAUUUGCAAGACCAAAUCCUUUGUCGACGACAUGGCUUGCUGUGUCGGAAAGUCCUGCGAUUCCAAGGACCAGGACACGGCCCUUGAAUUCGCCAAUGGAAUUUGCGGUGGUGCGGGAAUCACCGAUCUUCCUCAGUCCGCCACCUGUGCUGGCGGUUCAACCGCUACCAGUGGAACUGCAACCACUAGCACUUCGAGUGAGAAUGCCUCCGAAACCUCGUCUUCGGGUUCUCAGUCCGCCACUCCCAGCUCCUCCGAGACCCCUGCCGAUCCCGAGGCAACUGAUGGUGCAGUAGUUCUCCAAGGGAAGGGAGUUGGUGUACUUGCCGGUGUUGUCGCCGGUGUUGCAUUCAUGCUGUAG